UUAUGUGAUAAGAGAGUAAGAUAGUUUGAAUUUCUCCCACAGACGAGCUCUUUUGUUUGGAAUGAGAGCGAACAGCUCACGGUGUGGACCCGUAGAGCAGAAGGAUGCUUGUUUCUCUGAAGAAAAAGAAGAGCUGAGCUUUCGUUUUUUGUUGGAGAACAUCUAGUGACCACAUGGAAGCAGAGCAUCAUGGUUACCAUGGUUACCUAUCCACCGCCCGCGGGGCUGCUGUCACAGGCCGGAGAGCUGACGAUGCCGUUCUCAGACGCAGUAAAGUUCUCCAUCCUGGGCGUUUCUGUCCUGCUCCUCCUGCUGGCGCUGGCCAUUCUGGCCUGGCAGAUCUUCAGGUGCUUCUCACAAACACACACUACGUGUAACCAGCAAGACGUAGUGGACGGUGAUCUGCUGUACUCACAUGAUAAGCCAGCAACAUCAGGAAACUACUCAGGACCCCCAAGUCUUAAGGUGGAGGAUGUAAACAUUGAAUCCAACAGAAUGAGUCGCUGUCUGCUCCAGAACUCGUUCUCCUCCUCCGAGUCUGUACAAGCAGACAUAGACACAAGGCCGCAGGACUCCAUUAAAAAGGUUCACGGCUCGCUGCGGUUCUCCGUCUACUUUGACCGGGUGCAGUCCCGUCUGGUGGUGUGCGUGUUGCAGGUGGAGGGGCUCCAGGAUCACAGCCGGGCCACAAGCCUGCAGGACCACAGCCGGGCCACGAGCCUGCAGGACCACAGCCGGGCCACAAGCCUGCAGCCAUUUGUUAAGGUCCGACUCUUGUGGGCUGGAUCAGAGGCAGCAGAAGUGGAGAGCUUAAGGCAAGGCCAGGCCGAGGCGACGCCGCUCGUCCUGUGUACAGUGCUAGAGGAGUGGCACACUCGCAUCGUGAAAGGCAGCUGUAACCCGUUAUUUGGUGAUCAGUUUAGCUGCAUUCUGCCGGAAGACAAGGACACCCUUUCCCACAUCGACCUCAGGAUGGAGGUGAGGGACUUUGAUAAAUUCUCCAGACACACCGUGUUGGGUGAGGUGAGGAUUCCCCUGGGAAACCUCAACAUCUCCUACCCCCUGGAGCUGCAGGAAGAUCUACAGAUACCCCAGAAGGAUCUUGUAGGAGAGGUGCUCCUGUCAUUAAGGUUUCUUCCCACCUCUCAGAGGCUGGAGGUCGGUCUGCUGAAGGUCCGACUGGCCGUCUCUGAGACGGACUCAGCCAUGUAUGCCCGGAUCAGCAUCCAGUGCAACCAGAGUAAACUGAGGUAUCAGAAGACUUCUGCAGUGCCGCGCUGCCUGGUGACCGUCUUCAACGAGGUCCUCAUGUUCUCCCUGCCGGAGUUUCCUUUGGAGCAGUGUAAAAUAUUAGUCUCUUUGUACGAGACUCGCACACCCAAGAAAUCAAGCAAACGUUUGAUUGGACAGUUAAGCGUGGCGAAGGAGAGCAGCUCAGAAGACGAGCACUGGACCUUGAUGCUGCGCUCCGUCCGUCAGCCGGUGGCAAAGUGGCACGGCCUUCUGAUUUAAAUAUAAAUAUCUCUUAAAUAUCCUCCAAUGUGCUGCUUUGAUUGUUUACAUCUGUUUGCAUCAGGCUGUUAAUGAAGAUGAUUCUUCUUUCCAACUCCACUGUAGAGUUCCUACUUAAUUUAAUAAACUCAUUGGGCCACCACCUUUGCUUACAAAGGAAAAAUAAAUUGUAUUUA